AUGGUUGCUGAAGAAGAGAGACCACUGCUUCAAGAGACUGAACAUGAUGCUGAAACGGGUAGCUUCGGCGAGCGCGAUGACCAGCGACCAGAAGGAUGGUCCGAGACUGACAGAGAGCGCGAUCCGGAGGUAAAGGUACCAGUUCAUGUGGUGAUGCUGGCCGUGCAGCUGGCCGCUAUGUUGGUAGCCAUAGACGAUGCGAUUGCCACCGCAACACAUGCGCACGUUAGCGGUUACUUUCAUCACUUGGAGAACACGAGUUGGAUCGCAGCAGGAUACAUGCUCACCCUGACGGGCUUCCAGCCAUUGUGCGGAAAGCUAUGUGAUAUAUUCGGCCGUAAGGCGUGUAUGGUGUUCGCAUUGCUGGUGUUCGGACUUGGCUGCCUUUUGUGUGCUUUGGCUAACAGCAUGGUUAUGUUCGUUGCCGCACGGUCCAUUGUGGGAAUCGGUUCGGGGGGAAUUGCGAUGCAAGUGCUUUUGUCAUUAUCACAACUGAUGUGGUUCCUCUGCGUCAACGAGGAACGUGGCACGGCGUUACCAGUACCGUCUACGCAAUUGGCCAAGCGGUUGGAUCGCCACUUGGUGGGCUGUUCGCGCAAACUUUGGGAUGGAGAUGCGAUGAUAUUCGCCACUGUCUUCAAGGAUGCAAAAAGUAGACCUUCAGACUUCAGAACCAAACUAAGUCACGUCGAUGUUGGCGGAGCCGUUGUUCUCGUAUUUGCCGUAUUCACCCUGCUCUUGGGACUGGACAGGGGGGGCAAUGUCGCGUGGAUGGACCGCUUGACGAUUAGCUGCCUCGCCGCCUUUCUAGUUCUGAUCGUCGCAUUCGGGGUCAUCGAAUGGCGUCUGGCUAGAGAACCUUUCGCGCCCAAGGAUAUUGUAUUGGACGGCGGACUGCUACCCAUCUUCGCCAUUGAGUUCUUCUCCAAUGGUGCUAUGCUCGUCGUUCCAUUCUACGCAGUCCUUUAUCUACAGAUCGUGCGCAACUUCAGCCCUACGCAAGUGGGGCUCACGCUCGUUAUGGCGGUGGCAGGUGGAGCAGUAAGCAGUGUCAUUGCGGGAUUAAUCAUACAAGCUACGGGGAAGUACCGUGUGCUAUCUCUAUGCUCCUUUUUGCUGGCCGCGUGCGGAAUUGCAAUCGCUGCGUCCGCUUCCGUGCCCUGGCUAUUUUCCUUUGUUGGGUUUAGUGCAGGCCUGGCGAUCCUGAAUGCGGGGGGCUUUGCGGGGAUCACGACAUCUGUGGUUGCCCUCGUCGCCAACGCAGGCCCAGAAAAACAGGCUGUCGCAACUGCUGGCAAAACUGCAGUUAUGGCCCUGGCCCGUACCUUAGGACCCUCCAUCAUUUUAUCAAUAGCGACGACACUUUUUCAGACGAUCCUGCGCAUGCGGUUGCGGGAACAACUAAGUGGCGACAACGUUGACACGAUCAUUGCCCGUGCGAGGAAGUCGCUCGAUUACAUCAAGGAGCUCGACCCCGCGACACGCGCGAUAGUGAUGAGGUCGUACAACGAUGGGUCGCAAGUCGUGAUGUGGUUCUCUGUAGUGAUUAUCCUCGCUGCUGUGGCAGCAACGCCAUUUUUGAGAGAAAAGUCUCUAUCGCGAUAG